CCGUAUCUUGGCCUCUCUUGUAGGCUAAUAGUUGAAGACCUCUCCCGCACGUGAUCACCAACACCUUUUUCAAAAAGGGCGUGAUACAGUGACGUUGAAACUUGAGAGGGAAAGAGUUGUUGGCAGCAUUCCAUAAGAAGCUCCGCUAGGGUGGUGCGAAUAAAAUAAGAAGAAAACGAGAAAAACAGUGCCACAUUCGCAUUCUUCAUCAUUCUUAUUGUCCUUUGCUUGGUGCAGAAACCACUCUUCCAUUUUCUAGGGUUUGGUUUUUGCUCUCUUCGCCUUCUCCAAUGGCCGCUUCGUCUUUCCUCAGAUCCGCGUUUCUCGCACCUUCCUCCUGCGAUCGUUCCAAGGUAUUUAGCAACGCCUCGAGUUGUAAUGUGAAAUCUAUGGGAUUACAGAGUAGCAUAUUUGGUAAUUCAAUUCAAUGUGACUCAUUAGUCUUACAAAACGACAAUGCUCGGGGGAUCCAGCCUAUUAAAUCCACAGCUACAGAAAUCCCUCUCCCCACCCAGCAAUCAAGGAGCUCUGGGAAGACUAGAGUUGGAAUAAAUGGUUUUGGUAGAAUUGGAAGGUUGGUGCUACGUGUAGCUACUUCACGAGAUGAUAUUGAUGUUGUUGCAAUUAAUGAUCCAUUUGUUGAUGCAAAAUAUAUGGCUUACAUGUUUAAAUAUGAUUCUACUCAUGGUCCAUUCAAGGGGACCAUUAAAAUUUUGGAUGACUCUACUUUGGAAAUUAAUGGAAAGCAGGUUAAAGUUGUGAGCAAAAGAGAUCCUGCAGAGAUCCAAUGGAGUGAUUUUGGGGCUGAUUAUGUCAUUGAGUCAUCUGGAGUUUUCACAACUGUGGAAAAAGCUUCAUCACAUUUGAAGGCUGGUGCCAAGAAAGUAAUAAUAUCAGCUCCAUCUGCUGAUGCUCCAAUGUUUGUGGUAGGAGUGAAUGAGAAGGCAUACCACCCAGAAAUGGACAUUGUUUCUAAUGCAAGUUGUACGACAAAUUGUCUUGCUCCUCUUGCCAAGGUGGUUCAUGAAGAGUUUGGAAUAGUUGAAGGUUUAAUGACAACUGUACAUGCAACCACAGCAACACAGAAGACUGUAGAUGGCCCUUCUAUGAAGGAUUGGCGAGGGGGAAGAGGGGCAAGCCAAAAUAUAAUUCCAAGUUCAACUGGUGCUGCGAAGGCUGUUGGGAAAGUGCUUCCUGAGUUAAAUGGAAAGCUCACUGGGAUGGCAUUCCGUGUUCCAACUCCCAAUGUUUCUGUGGUGGACUUGACUUGCCGGCUUAAGAAGAAUGCUUCUUAUGAUGAUGUUAAAUCAGCAAUAAAGUAUGCCUCGGAGGGACCACUGAAAGGAAUCCUUGGGUACACAGAAGAGGAUGUUGUCUCUAAUGACUUCGUUGGUGAUUCAAGGUCAAGUAUCUUUGAUGCUAAGGCUGGCAUUGCACUUAGUUCUUCCUUUGUUAAGCUGGUUUCAUGGUAUGACAACGAAUGGGGUUACAGCAACCGAGUGUUGGACCUUAUAGAGCACAUGGCGUUGGUGGGAGCUCAAAAUUGAACACCAUGUUGAAUUAGGAUAUUAUUGGUAGUGACUUAGGUUCAGAUUUUGGUUUUGAUCUGAUUUUUAUAAUGAGGCUAAAUUACCACAUCGUGUACACCGAAAAUAAAAUAAAGAGGACAUUGUCCUGGGUCAUCAUGCAUUGGGAUUACUACCAGCAUGAAUCUUUAACAAUCUGCCUUUAAAAAUGAUUUGACAUUUUAAAGGUGAAGAAUGGUUUAUAUUGGCUUGUUCGAUAGGUCAUGUUUUGGACUAAUACCAGCAUGAAUUUUUAACAAUCUGCCUUUGAAAAUGAUUUGACAUCUUAAAGGUGAAGAAUGAUUUA